AUGGCAGCUAAAUGCCCAACAGCACCCAAGUCUCUGCAGAAUGUGCAAAUCUGUUGUCCAGCUCCCAUGCCCAAUUGGGGUGUCUAUAAUGGUGAAUGUGGCAGCUCUGGAACCCAGCCAAGUUGCCGUCUGGCUUGCAUUUUCAAUGCAACUUCUGCCUUGCCUGCCAAUCACAAUCAAUUGAAUUUGAGCCAAGUUCGACCCAUGUUGGAGCGUGCCUUUGGUAUGCCUUUGCUAAUCGAUGCCUAUGUCAAGAACUUUGGGACCUGCUCAAAUUUGGUUCAUUCGAAAUAUGAUCAGCUUACGAAACUGAGCCACCAGAUCGAUGCUUGUGAUAGACAUGCUCUAUUCUAUAGCCUUUGUGCUUACUCCAGGCUAAUGAUGAAUUGUCCAACAAAUCUAUGGCAAAAGGCGAAUAAAAAAUGCCAAGAGGCAAGAAAUUAUAUGAAAACCUGUUCUUGGCCAGCAUUGAAAAUGUUUAUGAAGAGCACCUAA